AUGAAGCUUUCUCCGGCGAUCGUAUUCCUUGCCGCUUGUGCGUACUUGUCUCCCUCUGCCAAUGCGCUGCCCUUCAAACGCAACGCAAAAGAUGGUGAGGAUGAGGCAGGAGUUGCCGAAGCGGUGAUCGAUUACGAAGAAGUCUUGGAAAUUCGCCUUCCAUCCUCCUUUGAAAAAUUAGGAGGAUCUUACCGGAAUGAGAUUGUCGAAAACUUUUUUGGUGGAACGGGAGAUGCAUUCAGUGAUGACUUGCUCGAAGUAAUUGACCAUUUGGCCAACGAAAGACACGAUUUUUUAAUUGACACCCGACGAAACUUGCAUCGCCACCCCGAAGUCAUGUACAACGAGCACGACACUUCCGCUUACAUUCAAAAGACACUCAAGGCGAUGGACAUUAAGUUUACAACUGGCUGGGCUGUGAACACUCAUCCGGAUCGUAUUCCUGGCAAGGGUGGCUAUGGCAUUGUUGCAGAUAUUGGAACACACAGGGCCGACGAGCCUUGUAUUAUCCUCAGAGCCGAUAUGGACGCAUUGCCAAUUUUGGAAAAGACGCAAGGAAUCGACGGCUUCAAGUCGGAGAAUGAGGGAGAAAUGCACGCUUGUGGUCAUGACGCCCACACCACCAUGCUUUUGGGUGCAGCAUCGAUCUUGAAAGAAAUGGAAGAUAGCAUAAAUGGUACUGUACGAUUGAUGUUCCAACCCGCAGAAGAAGGUGGUGCAGGCGCCAAGCGCAUGAUUGAAGAAGGUCUCCUGACAACCGACCCCAAGCCUGUGCAAGCCUUUGGAAUGCAUGUUUGGCCUUCAAUUCCAUCGGGCACCAUCGCUACUCGCCCUGGGACCAUCUUGGCAGCCGCUGAAAUGUUUGAGAUUCUUGUUUCUGGGGUCGGAGGUCACGCAGCAAUGCCCCAUUUGACUAUUGAUCCCAUUGUUACUGCUUCUUCCAUUGUCAUGAACUUGCAAACCUUGAUUGCUCGAACACUCAGUCCGUUGGAAAGUGGAGUGGUCAGUGUCACCAAAUUCGAAGCAGGCGAUGCCUUCAAUGUUAUUCCAGCAUCAGCCCUCUUGCGGGGAACCAUUCGAGCACUGACUACCGAGACACUGCUGUCACUGAGAGACAGAGUGGAACAUGUGGUUACCGCCACGGCCAAUACUCAUGGAUGCAAUGUCACCAUUACGUAUUCUGCAGACUACUACCCCCCUACUGUUAACGAUCCAACGCUGUUUGAAGAAUUCUCCAAAGACGUCGGUGCCAUGCUGUCCAAAGAUGGCAAAUUAUUGGACAUUGUCCCCACCAUGGGAGGUGAGGAUUUUGGCUUUGUCGCGGAAAAGAUUCCUGCCACCUUUUUUCUGUUGGGUCAAGGGACUGCACACACUGGCCCACCUACCAACUAUGGACUGCACCAUCCACAUUUUGCCUUGGAUGAGUCGGUUCUUCCUCGUGGGGUAGCUUUGCAUGUGAACUUGGCGCUUCGGGCGCUCAAAAAGUUGAGCAGCUAA